UAUGUUCAAGAGAUGCAAUUAGUGCCUAGUGAUGAUGAUGAUGGGAAGGAACAGGUUUUAUUUGAAGAAUCCACAUCCUCGAACGAAAUCGUAGCUGCGGAGAGAGGGGAGCGUGAUGUGGAGGAAGGAGAGGUUUCAGAAAUAGCAGAGAGUGAUGACGAAACUACACAUCUCGUUGCUGGAGAUCAACCACAGUGUCGAAUCUGCCUUGAUGUUGGAGGGGAAGAUCUGAUUGGUCCGUGUAAUUGUAAAGGAACUCAAAAAUACGUGCACAGAUCUUGUCUCGAUAACUGGCGCUCGACCAAGGAAGGUUUUGCAUUUUCGCAUUGUACAGAGUGUAGAGCUGUGUUCAAACUCCGAGCCAACGUGCCUCCUGAUAGAUGGUGGUUGAGAUUGAGAUUUCAGCUGCUGGUUGCUAGAGAUCAUGCAUUCAUCUUCAUUACUGUCCAGAUGGUUGUGGCAUUUUUGGGAUUACUAGUUUACAAGUUCUAUGGGGAAGAACUACGUGAAAUGUUUGGUUAUGAGGAACAUCCUUAUGGGUUCUACACAUUAGCGGUUUUGGCUAUUGUCCUGGUAGGACUACUUUACGGGUUCUUCAUUGCCAUUAUAUGUGGUCAAAGGAUUAAUGAGCGGCAUUACCAUGUUCUUGCCAAACAAGAACUCACAAAGGAGUAUAUAGUGGAAGACCGAGAAUGCAAGAAUGUUCCUGAGCUUGACCAGAGUCAUGUUAUGGAACUUAGAAUGUUGGGACUAUAUUGA